AAAGAGAUCACAUACAUUCCCCUCAAAGAACAUCGCGAGAGCCUCAAAUCCACGCCAAUCACUCACAAAAUACCUGUGAAAAAUGAACGGUCACGUUAUGCGCGGUCGCUUCCACCCUCACUGCCCUGAGUUCAGCAUCGACUACUCUACCGCUUGGUCUCCCGAGGUUCGCAUUCCGGUUCUUAUUCUCAUCACUCUCUUCUUGAUGUCAAUGAACCCGACUGUCGCCGAUGUCAUCAAAAAUACCGUCUGGGUGAUUGUCAAGCCCAUUGCCAUCCUCAUUGGUUACUUCUCUGUCGCCAUCAUCCGCAUCCUGAUCUUCCUCUUCAUCGAUGGACCCAAGAUGAUCACCAUCCUCCUCACCCCCGACAGACGCAACAGCGUCGACUUUCUUGGUAUCGAUGUUGAGAACAAUACCAAGCUCAACGCCAUCUGGAGCCGUCUCCACACCGAGGAGGAGUGGGUUCCCGGCGGUGUUUUCGACAAGAAGUACAAGCCGUUCCUCCCAGCCCGUAACAUGAAAAUGGCUGGCCCUCGUCAGAAGAAGGUCAUGACCCGCGACCGUGGCCUUUCUUGCUAGUGCGACUUUACUUGGGGGCGCAUUGCCAAGUCGAUGAACAAAGACACUGUGGAGGAGCUGGAUCCUCUUAAGGAACCGGAUCUACCGCUUGGGCCUUGCCAUCGACUUCAUUCGACCUGCCAAUUAUUCGACUGCUCAGCAGCAAAGCAUUCGUGGGGCUAUGGGAUACGAUUGAUUGAAUCUACGGCCGUGGGGGUUUCUUUGGGGAGAUUCGGGAUUUGGUUUGACCUCGUUAUUCAUAGGCGAGCCACUAGACCUAUCAUCUUGGGUGUCUACUAGUCGCAGCUGAUACUCGACCACGGAUUUCUGCAACGACGUCGGUGGACCUGUCCUGGAUGAUACGGAUAGAUUGGAGAUUUCAUAAUCGUCUUGGAGCCAGGAAAAGCUAUAGUAUGAGAUACCCACGGGCGUGCGAGCUAGAGAAGCUCUAGACCGUUAGACGUUCGUCAAGAAAGGGCUCCUAAUGACUCAGACGAGAUAGAAAGAU